UGACACGGCAGGUUAGCGCUUCUUACGUUACAGCGCGGACCUCUUGUGGAAAGUGGGGACCAGGUUUGUCUUCGUGAUAAUUAUUCAAGUUGGUCGGAGGGAUUUACACAGAAAUUUAACUUCCUCUGAGGGCAGAAAGGAAACCCUCACUGCGACAUAAUUUCAAGGUGGCCUGUCAGAGGAGGAAGAAGGACAAGCUUAAGCGCACGAGAGGAGCGGGAAACAUGAACAUGGUUUAUUGAACCUUAUCAACCAGUGCAAUAAUUAAUUAUGCUUCGCUUAGCAAUGUCCUCAGACGUGUAAUAUCAGUCCCUGCAACAGUCUCAUACUGCACACAUUUCGAGGACAGACUACUGAGGGAAGGAUUUACAGAGUGAACAGAAGCUGAGUGAAGACUGAAGAGGGGAGAGACAGAGCAGUUUGCGUGCGGAAGAAAUUUUGUUAUCUUAUCAUCUUCCUGAAGAACUAUGGAGCUGUCACUGGCUCACCCAGCUAUCAAAGCCUUCAUGUGUGGCUCCGUCAGCGGGACCUGCUCCACGCUACUGUUCCAGCCUCUCGACCUGGUCAAGACCCGCCUGCAGACGCUACAGAGCAACAUGCAGCCCGGUUCGGGCAGGGUGGGGAUGGUGACGGUGCUCCUGAACGUGGUGCGGACAGAGAGGCUGCUGGGACUGUGGAAAGGAAUUUCACCGUCUUUUGCACGGACCAUCCCAGGUGUGGGGCUCUACUUCAGCACCUACUUCUCUCUAAAGCAGCACUACUUCCAGGAGAAGAGCCCGGGGGCCAUGGAGGCUGUGCUGCUGGGAGGCGGGGCCAGGACGGUGGCAGGGAUCUUAAUGCUGCCAGUCACUGUCAUCAAGACUCGCUUUGAGUGCGGCAGGUACAGUUACGGUAGUGUGACCGGUGCUCUGCGCAGUGUGUGUCAGACUGAAGGUCCUGCCGCUCUGUUCUCAGGCAUGAUGCCCACGCUCCUCAGAGACGUUCCAUUCUCUGGUAUCUACGUCAUGUUCUACAGCCAGACCAAGGCCUCGCUGCCAAAGGAGAUAAGCACGUCAGUUUAUGCUCCUCUGGCUAACUUCAGCUGUGGAGUCCUGGCUGGUGUGCUGGCCUCUCUGAUCACGCAGCCUGCUGAUGUCGUCAAAACACACGUCCAGGUGAAUCCUCAGCUGAGGGCGGCAGAGGCUAUCAGAUACAUCUACAUGGAACAUGGACUCCAGGGGUUCUUCAGAGGGGCUGUUCCACGGUCGCUGAGGAGGACCAUGAUGGCCGCCAUGGCGUGGACAGUGUAUGAGCAGAUGAUGGCCCAUAUGGGACUGAAGUCCUGAGGAGGAAAGUUGAUGAGAAGCUCGUGAAAGACAGAAGGGAUAAAAGUCAAGUCACUGAAUGAAGACGGGAGUGAGUGAACAGGGGGAACAUGUGCCAGUGGAGUUGCUCAAAAAGCCUUCGAUGACAUUAAAUAUUUCUCAGAAACAAGAGAGGCAGACUGAUGAGCAGAGAAACCUUUCACUAAAGUCUAAAUGACCGAUGAGCACAUUACAAGACAGAUCUGUGGAGAGUUGGCUCUGAAUGUUUUACCGGGCUGAAGUUCAAAAUUUCUUGCCCAAAAUGUUGUUUGCUUUUGUCCAUGCCACCUAACCUGGGAAGAAGCAUUUCAAAGGACAAAACUAUGCUGUGAUGUUCUGUAUUGCACUACAAGUUGUACAAACAUUUCUGAUCCCUAAUUAUCAUUUUGCAUGUUUGCAGAAAUGCCUCAGUGGGAAUUCCCACGCCUGUUUUUCCCCACACAGUUGUGGAACAUACAUAAUCACAGAAAGAAUGCACUGACACAGGACUUUAUUACUCAAGACAGAUAAAACCAGACUUCUGUAUUGCACUUUAACCUCAGCAGUGCUGCCAGGACUCUUGGCACAGUUUAAAACCUGAUGUGUUAUGUCUCCGUGCCUUUUUAAUGUUAUUAAAAUGUGAUGUUUUAUAUAAAUUAAAGUCAUGUCCUUGUUGUAGUUUAAGUCUGUGUACUAUUCUGCCUUAAAAUUGAAUGUUUUUUUGUUUUGCUGUUUGUAUUUGAAUAAAAAAUAUAUAUUUACCAUUA